CCCACUAAUCUCGCUACGGGCGCUGACUUAUUUUCCCCGGCCACGCGCCACCCGUUCCGCCGAGACGGGCGGAGCAUUCCUUCUUAUGUGUCGGAACAAGCAACAGAAAUGUGUCAACACACCGCCAUGUCUCCUCCUCUUCUAAUCCUUUCUCUCUUCUCUCUCAUUUCUUUUUCUUCUUCUAUCUCACUUCCUUUCACUCAGCUCUCUCCUCCGUCUACAAAUUUUAGUUUGCAUAUAGACUGCGGCGGUCACGCGGAUUCCACCGAUGCAUUCAACACCACGUGGCUCGCCGACCGCUACUACACCGGCGGCGCCACCGCCAUGGUGUCGGAGCCGCUCAAGUUCAAGCACCAGCACGAGAAGACCCUGCGCUACUUCCCGAUAUCCGCCGGGAAGAAGAACUGUUACGUCAUCCCUAUCCCCGACGGGAAGUACCUCCUCCGCACUUUCACGGUGUACGACAACUUCGACGGGAAGUCACACUCCCCGUCCUUCGAUGUUUCCGUUGAGGGUACCUUGGUCUUUUCCUGGCGUUCCCCGUGGGACGAUUACAUUUCCAGGACCGGAGCCUAUGCGGAUCUGUUCUUCACCGUCGUCGAUCGGGAGGCGGAUAUCUGUUUCUACAGUAUUGCCACUGAUUCUCCCGUCAUUGCCUCGCUUGAGCUGACCCGAGUCGACCCGGCGUCGUAUUCAGUCAACGAUACCGAAAUUCAGCCCUCAUUGAACACAUCUGUACUGGUGAAUUAUGGUAGGUUUUCGAGCGGGUCGGGAAAGUGGGGACCCGGAUUCAGCAAUGACACUGAUGUGUUCGGCCGGUCCUGGCAAUCAGACAGGGAUUUCCGGUCUCCGGCUACAAAGAAGGGAAGUAUUAAGGCCAUUUCAGCAGUUAAACAUAUUGAAAAUGCAGAGAAACCUCCCAAUUAUUUCCCCUUGAAACUGUACCAAUCCGCUGUAACUGUUGUGGGGGAAGGGAACAAGUCUUUGGAGUACAGUUUACAAGUAGAUGCAAAGUUGGAUUACUUGCUAUGUCUCCACUUUGCAGAGAUUGAUCUGAGUAUAUACCGGAAAGGGCAGAGGGUGUUUGAUGUUGAGGUGAAUGGAGAGAAUGUGAGCAGAGUGGAUAUCUAUGAUAAGGUCGGCGAUUUUGCUGCAUACGAUUGGUUUCAUGUGGUCAAGAAUUUGAGUAGUACUACUCUGACCGUGAAGCUUGUGUCUGUGGUGGGUGCGCCCAUCAUUUGUGGGCUGGAAAAUUAUGCCAUUGUGCUGACCGAUCUUAAAACCGUUCCUGAUCAAGUUGCUGCCAUGAAAGCUUUGAAAGAAUCCCUUCGUAUACCUGAUAGAAUGGGUUGGAAUGGUGACCCCUGUGCCCCUACUACAUGGGAUGCUUGGGAGGGUGUCACUUGUCAUCAGCCUAAAAAUGAAUCUGCACUUGUGAUAUCCCAAAUAGAUCUUGGAAGCCAAGGCUUGAAGGGUUUUAUAAGUCCUGAAAUUAGUCUUCUGACUAAUUUGGUAAGCCUGAAUUUAAGUUCUAAUUCGUUGGAAGGUACUCUUCCAUGGGGUGUUGGCCAAAAAUCUCUGGUGAAGCUGGAUUUGUCAAAUAACAAGUUGACUGGAGACAUACCUUAUAGUCUUGUUGCUUCUAGUUUGCAACUCAUGUUGUUAAAUGGAAAUUUACUAGAAGGACGAGUCCCACACGAACUUUAUUCAAUUGGGGUUCACGGUGGAGCUAUUGAUCUUUCUGAUAAUAAAGGGCUAUGUGGUGUGCCUUCUUUGCCAAAUUGUUCUAUUUUUUGGGAUACACAUGGUCUAUCUAUCGCGGGUAAAGUUGGUAUCGCCAUUGUAUCUCUGGUAACCUUAUUGCUUGUGUUGUAUUUGGCUUAUUGGUUCUACAAGAGGAGGCAGAAUGAUUAUGACUUUGCUCUACCACAUGAGCUUUUGUCAUUAUCGGCAAAGCGGAACAGAUACCAGAGGCAGAAGUCGUUGAUGACUCUAGAGAUGGAAAGCCAGCACGCCAAAGGAUACAUGCCUGCCUACAACAGGAGUUCCAGUUCAUGAUCGAUCGAUCAAACAAGAUAUAUAUAUAUAUAUAUAUAUAUAUAUAUAUAUAUAUAUAUAUAUAUAUAUAUAUAUAUAUAUAUAUAUAUGAAUAUAAACGUGUACACUACUACAACUACUACGUAGAAAGCAGACUGUAAAAACAUUUAUUUAUAUUAUGACAGAUCAGAGGAGGUUCAAAAGGAGUGGUGGGAGCUGAGGUUAGAGAGAGGUUAAAUUUGAGAGGCUUUUAGUUGGCAGGCAUAUUUCCACUCCAGCAGCAAAUUUUGUACUGAAAAAAAAGGGGGGGAAUGGGGUCGGGGGAGAAGUCACUUAGUGUUGCAUGCAUGUGGAAUACAAAUGUAUGGGUGUCCUUUCCUUUUUUUCUUUUUUUUAAAAAAAAACUAAACUAACCUUUGAUGUAUGUGAUAAGGCAAAUGAUAGAUUAGAUGUAUCAAUCAAACUGUAAUUUUAGAUUUCCAUUGUUUGUUUCCACUUUAGUUUCCACUCAUUAUUACGGAGUAUGAAUUAAGCUAUGUAUUUGUA